UGAUGAUGUUACUUCCGGUGGAUUUGGUGACGUCACGUGGCGUUGACAUCAUCAACACAUUCACUACAUUUCGCCCAAGAUGUCGUACGCAUAUUUAUUCAAGUAUAUCAUUAUAGGGGACACAGGUGUUGGAAAAUCCUGCCUGUUACUGCAGUUCACAGACAAGAGGUUCCAGCCUGUGCAUGACUUGACCAUAGGUGUUGAGUUUGGUGCACGUAUGAUUACCAUCGAUGGGAAACAAAUCAAAUUGCAAAUAUGGGAUACAGCUGGUCAAGAGUCCUUCCGGUCCAUUACAAGAUCUUACUACAGAGGUGCAGCUGGUGCAUUGCUAGUCUACGACAUCACCAGACGUGAUACAUUUAACCACUUGACAACAUGGUUGGAAGAUGCCAGACAGCACUCCAACUCCAAUAUGGUCAUCAUGUUGAUAGGAAACAAAAGUGACCUUGAAGCAAGGCGAGAGGUUAAGAAGGAAGAAGGUGAAGCAUUUGCCCGGGAACAUGGCCUCAUCUUCAUGGAAACAUCUGCCAAGACAGCUGCCAAUGUAGAAGAGGCUUUCAUCAACACAGCGAAGGAAAUCUAUCAGAAAAUCCAAGAUGGUGUCUUUGAUAUUAAUAAUGAGGCAAAUGGUAUCAAGAUUGGCCCCCAGCACUCACCGACCAACCAAAGUAUGCCCUCCAGUGGCGGAGGCGGGGGACAGGGAGGCGGAUGCUGCUGAGGAAAAACACAACAUGGACAAAGCUGAUUGCCGAACGAGUAUAUUUAAGAAAGGGAGACAACACCCUAUCAUUGAGUCACCAUGGGAUGGUUGAAUCUUCGAUAAUUGUAAAAUAUUUCUGUAUGUCUGAGCCUGUAAAAUAUAUAUAGACAACUUUUGUGUUAUGCAUUUCUUUUAAAGUAUAACUUGUUUCAUAUUUCAUUCUGUCAUGAAUAUAGACCCAGAUGUUGUUAGUGACACCUGGCAUGUUACUGUCAUUUUUAUUUGUGUUUUGAAGAACACUGCUUGGUGUUUUCACGAGUUUUUGUAACUCAUUUGUAAGUCUUUCAUUGCUAACAUUGUUUUCUGUACCUCUUUUUAGUUAUAUGGUUUUAUCAUCUCCGAUCUCUUGAACCUAUUAGCAAACAUCUUCAUGACGGGACUAACAUGUACUCAUCAUUGUCUGAACAUUUCAAAUAUUUAUUAGAACUGAGUUGAGAAUUUCAAGUUACAGUAAUUUUAACACUUUUUUGAAAUCUUGUGUUUUUCAUUGACAAAUGGUAAAUUCUUGAGAUGGCACUGGCAGAGUUUCAAUACAUUUCUGCAACCUAACAAGAUAACGUUAUGGUGUUUGUGGUAUAUGCACAAAGUGUAAUCAUUAUGUCGUUGUAGGACAUUCUCCUAAAACAAUUGUCUGCUGAACUAAUACAGGUUGAAUAAUAUGGAGCAAAUCAUUCAACAAGAAACACUCUUUCAACGUCAUGUUGGACAGUUGAUACCUUUGUGCUGUCAAUGUAUUUGUCUUACUUAAAUAUCUUUAAAGGGGAAAACAGUUUAAAAGAGAACUAUUACUAUUUUAUCAUGUCAGGUAUGUCUGUUCUCGUGUGCAUGCCCUCCACAUUAAAGACUAUUUUUCUUUCUGCAAUGUGAUUGAUACACUCCCCAUGUUGUGACGUCACAGCAAUGGAAGUAUGUCACAAGCCUAUGUGACUGUAACACUGUUUAUGUAUAUGCUUUGUCUAUUUGCUGUACAGAAUGCCUGAAGCAUGUAGUAUACAAUGCAUUCCAAUAUCAGCUGAGCGAUCAUGGAAGAUUUACCUAGAACAUGUAUACCACAAUUUAUCAAGUCACUUUAAAACAACUUUGUCAACUGCUAAAAAGGGAAACAAAAGUAUGCUUCAUCAUACAAAUGCAACUGUUUGCUUGGGUGUAAGUGAAAGUUCUGGCCUUUAAUUAGUUUCCAUAUUUACCUCAAGCUUUGAACAUGCUUGAUAUAAGAUGUUAUUAGCAAAGACUCUAACUAAAAGCAGCAAACUUUGCAAAGUUAUUAAUCAUCAUUUGUGUUGGUGAUAGUAAGAGGCAAAUUAAUUUGAUUAUUUAUUUCAUGAAAUCCAGAACAGUGCUAAUUUUGAUGUACCAGUGGAUACCUUAAUCUUCCUUCCUGUUCGCCCUCGGCAAGCUUUAAGCAUAUGUAAACAAACACUUUGCUCUCAAUAUGGUCCUAUCCUCUUCAGGCCUUUACUCUUGUCUCAUCGAAGGAAGAAAUGUAGUCCUUUGUAGAAAUUAUUCUGAAUCUUUGGUCAUUUAACAUUUUGGGUUAUUAGCAUGCCUCUAAGAAUUUCAUGCAAGUCCAAAAAUUUUCUUAUGGUUAUUCCCUGUUAAAUUAUGAAUAACAAGGUCUUUGGUUGUGAGAAUGGUUUAUGGAAAGAUUGGAAGGCCUGAGGAGAAAAAAACCAGUUCCAGCACAACAUAUAUUCUUUUAGAUCUGUAGGAAGUAGGGGAGAUCACUCUGCAAUAUUUAUUGUCCCGUAUUCCUGUAAUUUACUGAUUAUUAUUGUAUGUUGACGUUAACUGUGUGAUUGCACCGAGACUGACAACAUCUGUGAGUAGGCAGGUAAGGGAGACAACUCUGUCCUCCAAACCUGAUAGGUGGUGCACUAUGUUGUGAAGGCAAUAAAGGGUGUCCUUGGUGAA